CAUGAAGUGAAGCGCCGGUUACAAGUCGCCUUCAAGGAUCGUGAUGCGAAUGCUCUUGCGUCGACGAUACUUGGCGGGUUCGCGGCUACAGGGCUGUGGUACCUGACACCCCUGUAAACACCAGUUGUGGCUCCUGUCACAGCCGGACCACCCCCUACCUAUGUAUCGGCACCCACCUAGGUAGGCGCCGGAGAAUUGCCAUCUGUUUGCCCAUUUCAAUAACAGCUGCAUUCCCGUCGUCGCGUCUCCUCUCAUUCGGCCAUCAGCUCUUUCGGCUUCCCCUACCUGCGGAACGAUGACGCUGCAAACCUACCGCGGCACCCUGAGGCGCAUCUGGGGACCGAGACAUCCUAUCGGGUUGUCGAGUCUCUCGCGAGGGUAUUCGUCACGCUCAUUUCCCGCCCUCUUCGUGCGCGGCGGCACCUCCAACGGUCUCGUCAUCCACAGACGCGACCUCCCUCCAGAGACGGAAUGGCACAAGGUUCUGCCCGCCGCCAUGGGAUCUCCAGAUCCGUACGGCCGUCAGUUGAACGGCAUCGGUUCGGGCAUCUCGUCAACGUCAAAGAUCGUUGUGCUGUCUCCCCCGUCGCGACCCGGCGUCGACGUGGAUUACACCUUUGUUCAGGUCGGCAUCAAGGAUGGCAGCCUCGACACGGCCGGAAACUGUGGUAACAUGUCGUCUGCCGUCGGGCCGAUGGCCUUGGACGAGGGUCUUGUUACGGAUCCGCACAUCGAACAAGUCGACGGCCAGAAGUUUGCUGCCGUGCGCAUCUUCAACACGAACACAUCCAAAGUCAUCUUGUCACGCUUCAAAGUCGGCGGGAGCCCGCCAAAGUACGCACCGGACGGCGAUUACGCCAUGGACGGCGUGCCCGGCACCAACUCGCCCAUCACGCUCAGCUUCCUGGACCCGGCUGGCGCCAAGACGGGCAGGGCACUUCCCACUGGCAAUGCCUGCGACUGGCUGCUCCUCCCAGAUGCGAGCACUGUUCAGGCGUCGCUUGUUGACGUCAGCAACCCCGGCGUUUUUGUACGCGCCCGUGACAUGGGUAUCUCGUCGCCCGAGGACCUGACCCCAGAAGCUGUCGAGGCGGACGCUGCUCUGAAGGCGAAGCUGGACGGAAUCCGACGCGCGGGUGCUUCUCUGAUGGGGCUGAACCCCGAUGUGGAGAGUGUCCCCAAGAUCGUCCUGCUCUUCGAAGACACCCGUUCACCCGACGUCGACAUCCGCUGCCUUGCCUUGUCCAUGGGCCAGGCGCACAAAGCCGUUCCGCUAACGCUUGCGCUGUGUCUCGGCGCCGCCAGCCAGCUACCAGACACCAUUCCGGCCCAACUGCUCGGUAACCGUUCCAAAAAGACCAUCAUCAUCGGGCAUCCGAGUGGCAGGGUGGACAUCGGGACCACUUUCGAGGGCGGCAAAAUUAAGUCGGCAGAUCUACACCGCACGGCACGAGUGCUGAUGAGGGGUGACGUGCAUUACUAGCGUUCUGAGGAGAUGGCUUGCCUCCCAUCACUCCCGCUUCUGGCCUGAGUCCGCGAUGGCGCCGUAACGGCAUGAACUCAGGCACACACGACCAGAUCCUUCCGCUCAACCUCCAAUCUGAAUGAAUGAAAGAAAAACAGGCCCAUCAUCAGCGGAUGGCUGCGCAGUUGCCGUCCCAGAAGGCGCAUGUCAGGCCGAAACACCUUACGCCUUGAUUUGUGCUACCCAUCCGACAGCCAUGUCGCGAUCCAGCGGUUAAGGUAAUCAUGUCCAAGGACAGACGGGAUCAAACUCUGGUGACGCACUGAGCCUUUACAUCACGCGGCAAUACGAAAAAGGCUCAUCUUGCGUCCAGAGUCCGGCACAUGAACCAAAUAUACACCGAAGACGGAUGUCAAUCGGCUUGUUACUGUACGGCACCUCUCUAUUCCUUGUCUCUGGCUAGCCUUCAAACACUGCGUACCUCCUCUUGAAACUUUUAUGGGGAUCGAUGCUGGCCAGACUUUCACCAAGGGUGACCUUGUCCAGGGCUAGGGACAUCGAGCAGGCAGCAGCAUUUCGACUCUCUGUCGACCAACCACCCCCCAUUAUAACCAGCCGCGUGGCUCGACUGCCAAACCCGACCUCCCCAGAUGGCACAUGCAUCCCGCAGACGUAACGUUCUUUUCUCUUAUUGGGACCUACACAGCCAGGCCGAAUGAGAUAACUUUGCCAGCCUGGGUCUAGUCGUGCUCGCUCUCUAUCACAGUCUGCAAGAUGGACCUGGCUCAUCCGCACAUAUGUAAUUGUUGUUGAAGCGAACAGAAAGCCUUCCAUGUGUGUAGUUCAUACCUUAUGUCAUAAAGAGACUUGCUACCCAUCUCGUGGGAAGAGUGCUGGAGUUAGCGAGUGCUCGUAUCGGCAAUUGACCACUGUACCCUGCAUUACGACUCGCUCUAC